AGUGCGCUGUGCUUUUCCCUUCAUGCUUCUUUCAAAGCCUAUAUUGAUUAUAAUAUUUAUUUGGUGAUUAUUUUUGUGAUUGAACUUUUGGAAUUGGUGAUAAUUAUGAGUACGAAAAAGAUUUGUCGUUUUGCAUUUUAGUAUAUUUUAACUGCAAAUAUUUAUUUUAACUGUAAAUUAUUUUAUAUUGUCUAUGUUGCAAUAUUUAGUUCAAAUAAUAGCGUUCUUAACUAUAAUAUUUCCUAUUUUAACAAAUAUAUCUUUGCUGCUUGGUGAUGUUUUUUUUUCUUAAUCGCUUAUAGUGAUUGCUUUUUUGACUUGAGAUUGGAAAGCCAUAUUUCUCUAUAUAGCAAAUUAUUAAACUUCAAGUCUACUUUUUGAUCACAGUAUAAACACAUAACUAUCAUAAAAUUAGAAUUUAGAUGUAGUUUCUGAGUGGUUGAACCACGCUGUAUCCAGUUUUGUUAACAAGAAUUUCUAUGUUCGACCGCGGUAAUAACGUUAUCUCGCAGAAGCAAGCAGCGAACAGUGACAACUUUAUGUAUUCUGUUAUGCGGUUAGAAACACUGCUAUAAGUCCAUCACUUUAACGCUAUCUUUUCAACAAUUUACCCUGAUUUUUUAGUUAAUAUUUCUGAUCCUUUAUCGUAAUAUCCUUGUGACCCUAAGUUUUUAAACUUUAAUCUAUAUAAUGAAUAGGUAAAGACAACACACAUAAGCCCUUCCUUAUUCCCAUAGGACUAGGUAAAAGUAGAACUAGUGGGUCCACACUUAGGUACCAAUUUAUUUGUCUCAAGAUUAUAAAAUGAUGAACUAGGUGCGAGCCUAUCGCCAUAUCGGGGAAAUAUUUCGUAUUCUUUGUUGUUACUCAGCAGAAAUACCCAAUAUUACUUUGCUUGAUUUGAAUUCGGGACUUUAGAGAGGUGGUCGUACCCCGCACGCAAUAUAACUGCGAUACUAAAACAGUCAAACGGCUUUUAUAUUCCGAACGAAUUUGUGAAGAUUAUGUUACUCUAUGUCCAUAUUGGGUAUUAGAAUUUCAUUGUAUUUUGUCUCCAGGUACAUACUAAUGCUGGGCGUGUGCCUGCUGGCGCUGGUCUCCGCGCAGAUCACCUUCAGCCGCGACUGGACCGGCGGGAAACGCGCUGCACCACACGUGCCGCGUCUCGCGCUCGACUGCAGCCAGUUCACCAGGCUUUGCCGCCAUUUUAUAGUCGAACUGAAGCAAGCAUUCUCUUCGGAAAUGGGCAAGAAUCAAGAAGAAAUCGAGAAGCCGAUUUUAUACGAUGACGAGUGAUUCAUCAGUUGCAUUAUCUAUAGAUAAAAUCGAACGGCGCUUACUAUAAUGAUGGGGUAAAUGUACAUGUAUUAUAAGUAAUAAAUAAAUAAUGUAGUGUUUAUAACCUGAGGUAUCUCAAAGUAUGCCACGAUUUUUUUAUCUGUUACCAUUUUUAUGAUUUUUUUUUGACUUGGGGUAACUUAAAAUGUUUUGGAUUUUCUUAUCUGUUACCAAUUUUAUGAUUAAGCACUUAUGUAAAAAAUGGAGUAACGAUGUCCAUUUUAAAUCUAAUUAUUAAAAUUUUAUCCAUUAUGUAAAAAGGUUUACAUGUUUUUUUAUCAGAAUUUCGAUGAAAUGUGAAAAUAGAAUGUAAAUUACUUUGGCGUAUUAUUUUAAAUCAUGUGUUACGAAUCUCAGUUGAUAUUUAGUGUAUGUAGGUUAACGGUUUAUUUAAUAAAUAUGAACUUAAUAAUGGUAGGUAUGCACGACAAGAUCUAGUCCCAAUGAAGCUAGCUUUAAUACUGUAUAACAUACUAGUGUAACUGCAUUAUAAAUAAAGCAGUAUAAACUA